AGUUGGAUACCUCAAACGGAAGACAACAACCAGAGUUGCGCUGUCGAUAAAAGACAUUGGAAUGAACAGAAUCAUAUCUACGCUUCUAUUUCUGCCUCUGGGCAUAAUAUUUGUCUGCGAAGGAGGCAACCCUUGCUGUUCACAGCCAUGCCUGAACCGCGGAGUGUGUACUGCCAUGGGCUCAGAAGACUAUGAGUGCGACUGCACACGCACUGGAUUCUAUGGCCACAACUGCACACAACCUGAAUUUUUCACGUGGAUUAAAGUGUCUCUGAAGCCUACCCCAAACACAGUGCAUUACCUCCUCACCAACUACAAGGGGGUCUGGAACAUCAUCAAUAGCAUUUCAUUCCUCAGGGAUGCUAUCAUGAGAUAUGUUCUGACAUCCCGCUCUCAUCUGAUCGACAGUCCACCGACCUUCAAUGCGGACUAUAAUUAUAAAAGCUGGGAAGCCUACUCCAACCUGUCCUACUACACACGAACCCUCCCUCCUCUGCCCAAGGAUUGCCCAACCCCUAUGGGAGUCGUAGGUAAGAUAGAGCUACCUGAUGCUAAGAUGCUGGCUGAGAAGCUCCUGAUCAGGAGGAAAUUUAUCCCCGACCCCCAGGGUUCCAGCCUGAUGUUUGCUUUUUUCGCCCAACACUUCACCCACCAGUUCUUCAAAUCUGACCAGAAAAUGGGGCCGGCAUUUACUAAAGCCAAGGGCCACGGGGUGGACCUUGGUCACAUCUACGGGGAAAACCUUGAGAGGCAAUAUAAGCUGCGGCUCUUCAAGGAUGGCAAGCUGAAGUUUCAGGUGCUGGAUGGAGAGGUGUACCCACCUACAGUGAAAGAGGUUGGGGCUGAUAUGCACUACCCUCCCCAUGUCCCUGAGUCUCACCGCUUCGCUGUGGGCCAUGAGGCGUUCGGCCUGGUGCCUGGUCUCAUGAUGUACGCUACUAUCUGGCUGAGGGAACACAACCGCGUCUGUGAUGUCCUGAAGGAGGUCCAUCCGGACUGGGAUGAUGAUAGGCUCUUCCAGACAUCACGCCUCAUUCUCAUUGGUGAGACCAUCAAGAUUGUGAUUGAGGACUACGUGCAGCACCUGAGCGGCUACAACUUCAAGCUGAAGUUCGACCCGGAGCUUCUCUUCAAAGAGCGUUUCCAGUAUCAGAACCGCAUCUCGUCAGAGUUCAACACCCUGUACCACUGGCACCCACUGAUGCCUGAUGCCUUCCACAUACAGGAGCAGGUCUACUCCUACCCCCAGUUUGUCUUCAACACCUCUGUGGUCACCACACACGGCAUCUCCAACCUGGUGGCGUCCUUUACCAAGCAGAUCGCUGGACGGGUUGCUGGAGGUCGUAACGUCCCCCCUGCAGUGAUGAUGGUGGCUCUGAAGUCCAUAGAGAACAGCAGACAGAUGCGCUACCAGUCCCUCAACGCCUACAGGAAACGCUUCUCCAUGAAGCCAUACGCCUCCUUCGAAGACCUCACAGGAGAAAAGGAGAUGGCUGCAGAGCUGGAGGAGAUGUAUGGGCAUGUGGAUGCUGUGGAGCUCUACCCAGGUCUGCUGGUGGAGAAGCCCAGAACCAAUGCCAUCUUUGGGGAGACCAUGGUGGAGAUGGGUGCCCCCUACUCCUUGAAAGGCCUGAUGGGAAACCCCAUUUGCUCACCAGAGUACUGGAAACCCAGCACCUUUGGCGGGAGCGUCGGCUUUGACAUCAUCAACACCGCGUCCUUACAGAGGCUAGUGUGCAGCAACGUCAAGGGCCCGUGCCCUGUGGCGUCCUUUCAUGUGCCCGACGUAGAAGACAAUAGAUCCAAUACCAUCAAUUCCAGUACAGCACAGUCGGGGAGCAACGAUGUCAACCCCACAGUACUUCUGAAAGAAAGGACCACUGAGCUCUGAUAAGACAUCAGCUGAAAUAGUUUCUGGAAUUAAACUUUUAAAUGUAUUUUAAAUGUAACUUUUUAUUUAUUUAUUUGAAUAUUUAUUUAAUUUAUUGCAUCCUGGAAUCUUUAUUGAGAAAUGUUGUUGAGAAAUGUUUUCUUCUGCCUCUGAUUGUUUUGACAUGACUUUUGUAAGUUCAAAGAAAACCAAUCCUUUUAGUUGUAUUUAUUCUAAGAGCUAAUUUAAAGAUGGAAUCCGCAGCGGGGGGAAACAGCGCCAUUGGCUGCCACAUUGUCAGGAUUUUUGGUCUAGAUCAGCAUGGUACAUAUUGGGCUGCAGCAGCAUGGUACAUAUUGGGCUGCAGCAGCAUGGUACAUAUUGGGCUGUAGCAGCAUGGUACAUAUUGGGCUGCAGCAGCAUGGUACAUAUUGGGCUGCAGCAGCAUGGUACAUAUUGGGCUGCAGCAGCAUGGUACAUAUUGGGCUGCAGCAGCAUGGUACAUAUUGGGCUGCACCAGCAUUGUACAUAAGGGGCUGUUCUAUCACGUGUGCAGGGAUGUCCGUGGGGGGAAAAAAGGGUUUGUUGUUUGCAUUAAUGUCUUUGUCGUUGUAAUAUCGUGAAUGGACGUGGCUGUUUCACCAUUAAGGAUUCCAGCUUUAAUAAAUUAUGUUCUGUUGUUGACCUCAGAAAAUAGCACUGGCAAUAUUGUUUAUGUAUGUAAGUUGACUUUGUUUUAAAACUGAUACUUGAAUUGAACACAUUUAGUUUACGGCCUGAUACGUUACGUUCCGCCCUAAGUGCAUGUUACAAUGUUACAGUCCACCUCACUGUUUUCUCCUCGGUGCAAGCGAAAAUAUAGCAGGUAAAAUACUGUACCUAAAGCUAAUAGGUACAAGUCAUUGUACUAUGAUACUGUAACCCUUAAAGUAUUUUCUUAGUGUUUUGUUAAAAUACUUGAGCUGACUCCUUAUUGUUUUAAUAAAACACCAUCUAAUGAAA